GUAUACAUCUUUAAAUUUUAAUUUCAGACGUAUUCCAAUCAAAUGGCUCAAAAUAAGCGUAAAGGGCGGCCUGCUGGGAAGGAGGGUUCAGAUAAAACUUAUUCCAAUGAGUCCUUAGUUAAGAAUCCUACAGACAAAGAAUUGAGGAAGCUAAGAGCUAAAGAGGAUUCCUCUAGUAACUUUAUGGCGGACUUUGAUCCAACCAGACCAAGACGAGAGAAGCAGCGAGCCUCAAAGAGGUCAUCUGUUGCAGCCUCGAAGCCUGCCCGAUCCAAUAUUCUUUUCAGCGAUAAGGGAGUACACAUCAAGUCUGGUCAAGAUAUGUGUGAUUGCUUGAUCCUUGAAUGCCCGGGAUGUCAUUUUCCGUGCCCAAAGUGUAAGAGCACGAAGUGCGGUCAUGAUUGUCGGAACAACCGGAAAUGGCAAUACGAGACGGUGGUUCCUGAAAAUGAGCCGACUCGGACAAGGACGAACGCGUUUUCAAUUCAACCCGGGAAGUAAUACAUGUUAUCAUCCUUCCUCUCAUAGUGUUUAAACAGUUGUAAAGAAACUUUCGGCAGAAAAAUCUUGUGAAUUCUGAUCUCGGACAAACCAGCUGUAUAUUUGAAGGAAUUUUGUAAAUAUUAUUUUGGGCCUGGAAAAUUGUGAUUUUGAGCUGAAGAAAAUAAUUUAUAGAAAAA